CAAUACAAAACCCAACCUUUCUUUCUCUCUCUCUCUCUCUGUAUGCCUGAUGUUUUCCAAGCUUUCUGGUUGCGGAGCUGCAUUCAUCCGAAUCGUGAUGCUUGUGAAGCUCUUCAUGAAGCCUAAGCGGCUACCAUCCACCCUUGACAAGCUCACCCAGACAAUCAGAGUCUUGGAGGAAAAGGAGUGUGCCUUACAAAACAAGAUUGCUGCAGAGGUUGAGAGGGCAAAGGAGUUCAUUAGAACAAAGAACAAAAGAGCUACAAUUCAAUGUUUGAAGAGGAAAAGGCUCUUCGAGGAGCAAGUUGAGCAACUUAGGGACUUUCAAUAUCGGAUCCAUAUUCAGAUUCUUAUGCUGGAAGGUGCAAAAGCAGCCUCAGAGACUCUUGAUGCCUUAAAGAUAGGAGCACUAUCAAUGCAAUCAAUACAAAGAGGAAUGAACAUUGAUGGUGUCAAAGAGACAAUGGAUAGGAUCAGUGAGCAGAUAGAGGACAUGAGAGAUAUUCAAGAAGCUGUAUCUGUUCCUGUUGGUCUGGCUAAGGGCUUUGAUGAUGAUGAUCUUGACAAAGAGUUAGAACAGUUAGAGCGAACUGCAAUGGAGGAAGAGCUUGUUCAACUGACAAUGGGUACCUCAGUGCUUCACGAAAAGAAAAUUUUCCUAGAGAAAGUAUCGAAUCAUGAUGAAGAGCUCUACGCUUCACAAGAAGAGAUGCCCCUCCAGUUGGCCAUGUAA